AUGCAGUGCGCAGAAAUCUACGGCCAUGUCGAAUGGUUGCAGGUUUGCGAUUGUGUCGACGAGGCCACCGGCCUCCGUGACAACAUCACCGUGGCUGCGCCGAGGUUGGCCGCCGCCAACAUCUACUUCUCUGUUCCUGCCUUUGUCGUCCUCUUCCGCGAGUCCUUGGAGGUGGUGAUUGUGCUUGCCAUCAUCAUGCAGUUCUUGACAAAGAUGAAGAACGACGGGCUUCUGGAGCAGAAGCAAUUCUACAAGUUCCGUCGCGAGGUCUACAUCGGGGCAAGCAUGGGCUUCGCCGUUUGCUUGCUUUUCGGGGUGGGCUUCCUAGCCCUGGCCUCGUUGACCUACCAGCUCUUCGAGGGUGACAAUGAGCGCAUCUUCCAGUUCUGCAUGAUGAGCCUUACUUGCAUUGUACUGACCUUCCUGGCGGUCAACUUUUACAAGAUGAUCUACACCAAGGAGGCGCACGAGCGCAAGAUGAAGAAGCAGAUGGAGGAGACUCUGGAAGCUACCCGUGUUGCGGAAGAAGGAGAGGAAGUUGGCUUCGGCAAGAAGCACGCUUUCUUUGUGCUCGCCUUCACCACUGGCCUUCGCGAGGGGCUGGAGUCCAUCGUGUUCCUGGUGGGCGUCAUCUCGGACGUGAAGGAUCUCAGCUCCCUGCCGCUGCCCAUCAUCUCGGCCCUGAUUUUGGCCCGAAUUGUUGGCUGCAUCUUCUUCCAGGGAACGAAGGGCCUGAAAGUCGACUGGUUCAUGCGCGUGUCCGCUGUCCUGCUGAUGAGCAUUGCUGCUGGAUUCUUCUCAUCCUCCAUGCACCAGCUGCAGGAGCUCGACGUCUUCGGCACCUGGAGCCCCCGAGCUGAGCGUCCCUGGCAGAACGUGAACGUUUGGGACGCCACAGGCUGCUGCAAUGACAAGACCAACCGCUUCUUUGUGCUCAUGCGCGCCAUCUUCGGCUGGCAGGAUCAGGCAACGCCUGUUGAGAUCUUCGCUUACAUCUUGUACUGGAUCAUUGCCACCAUCCUGGUGACCCUGAUGAUCUGGCGCGCCAAGAAGCAGCUCGCGAGGAUGGUC